UCCCGCACCUCCUAUCCCUUUCCUGUUGCGCUUGCGCAUAAUGUUGCUGCAGGGGCCUUGCGGAAUAAUGAUCCUCUGCAGCUGCGCAAGGGGGAAAGAAUUGCAAGAGGAGACAUGCUGCCAAAUAGUGAGCCGCGAGUGCUGUUGCUAAGCUUUCACAAGGGGAAAGGAAGAAGGGGGCCAGGAAUGAUGGUGGAGUAGAGAGGGAGGGGGUUGCCUUUUUUGCCUACGUUAAUAUCCCACUCACCUCACCUGCCUGGGUCAUUGGCCUACUACCCCUGAUUAUUCUGAUAGCGAACAAAGUGGCAGAAGUUACUUACUGAGGCCAACAGGGUGAAGUUUGUUCACACAGAUUUCUUUAACUAACCUGUGGAAUCCUGUCUGACCUCCAAACUGGCGAUGUCAAGGGUACCGAGUCCUCCUCCUCCGGCAGAGAUGUCAAGUGGGCCUGUUGCUGAGAGCUGGUGUUACACUCAGAUCAAAGUGGUCAAAUUUUCCUACAUGUGGACCAUCAACAACUUCAGCUUUUGCCGGGAGGAAAUGGGAGAGGUCAUCAAAAGUUCAACAUUUUCAUCAGGAGCUAAUGAUAAAUUGAAGUGGUGUUUGCGUGUGAAUCCAAAGGGCUUGGACGAAGAGAGUAAAGAUUACCUUUCACUCUACCUGCUACUGGUCAGCUGUCCAAAGAGCGAAGUCCGAGCCAAAUUCAAGUUCUCCAUCCUGAACGCAAAAGGAGAAGAAACGAAAGCGAUGGAGAGUCAGCGAGCCUACCGGUUUGUGCAAGGCAAAGACUGGGGAUUCAAGAAGUUUAUUAGAAGAGAUUUUCUCUUGGAUGAGGCCAACGGACUCCUCCCAGAUGACAAGCUCACUCUCUUCUGUGAGGUGAGUGUAGUACAGGACUCUGUCAAUAUCUCCGGCCAGAACUCCAUGAACAUGGUGAAGGUACCUGAAUGCCGCUUGGCUGAUGAGUUGGGAGGCCUCUGGGAAAACUCUCGCUUCACAGACUGCUGCCUGUGUGUGGCAGGCCAGGAGUUCCAGGCUCACAAAGCCAUAUUAGCAGCACGUUCUCCGGUUUUCAGCGCUAUGUUUGAACAUGAGAUGGAAGAGAGUAAAAAGAAUCGAGUUGAAAUCAACGAUGUGGAACCUGAAGUUUUUAAAGAAAUGAUGUGCUUCAUUUACACGGGGAAGGCACCCAACCUCGACAAAAUGGCUGACGAUUUGCUUGCAGCUGCUGAUAAGUAUGCUUUGGAACGCUUGAAGGUGAUGUGCGAGGAUGCUCUGUGCAGCAACCUGUCCGUAGAAAAUGCAGCGGAGAUCCUCAUCUUGGCUGAUCUACACAGCGCUGACCAGCUAAAAACUCAGGCGGUUGACUUCAUCAACUACCAUGCUUCCGACGUCAUGGAGACUUCAGGAUGGAAGUCGAUGGUCGUGUCUCACCCCCAUUUGGUGGCCGAGGCGUAUCGCUCGUUGGCCUCUGCACAGUGCCCUUUUCUGGGACCCCCACGCAAGCGGCUGAAGCAAUCCUAAGGCCGGACCCCAUUGCACAACCCCGUGUGUGUAUGUGUGGCUUUUUAAACAAAGAAAAAAAAACCGGAAGUAGCAACAGAAGAAAGUUGCUUUUCCAACCUUGACCACCAGGUAGACGAUGCAACCUGUGGAGCUUUUAACUCUGUUGUGGGGGUGGGUGGGUGGGGGAAAAGACUGCUUUGAGACGUGCAGACUUUUAAAACAAACGAGAAAAUCAGCAGCAAGUAAACUUUGGGGCGAAUGGGGAGGGGUGGACUUUGGGUUAAAGGGGACUGUUCAACCUAAUAUAUCCCUGUUGCUGCAAUGUCUGUGUGUUUCCCUUUUGACUUGGCCAAGUCAAGAACUUGAAGAGUUGGCCAGGUGCUGGCUUGAGACAACAGAUCCCAACAGUGCUAAAUGGAAUUUAAGGCAAGAGGAAAAGGGACGACGUUAUGGCCUCCGCAUCUGACAGCACAGAACAAGAAGUCGGGCAUGAUCAGAGCGAGGAGGAUGCUCUCUUUCGUUCCAGAAAUGACAAAUGGGGAAUGCGGGGGUGGGGUGGGGAAUGAUUCUGCCUUGAUGAGAUGAAGCCCACUCAACGGGAGCAUCCAUGGGAUUUGUAUCGGGACUUUUGGGAGAGGGAGAGACUCCCGGCCGCCGUGAAAUCCCUCCAUCCGCCUUCCAGCCACGAGGUGACGACGGUCUCUCUCGGUAGCACUUGUGUACAUGGACGGCAAACGAGAAAAGCGAGCCCCUCUCACAAACUGGCAACUUUUAAAAAGUGACAAAGGGGGCUGGCGUGAGGAUACGCUCCCUGGACGAUUUGGAUAGGAUGGAGACAGCCAUGACCGGCUUUCAGGAACUGUUGGUGAUGCUCUGGACUUGGAAUUGGCUGUCCAAGAACAAUGGUUACCUGUUUAGAUAUUGUGGGAAUUUUUGUUCUUUUGGUAUCUCUCUUUCCCUGUUUUAGUUUACUUCCUAUUAACUCCUGUGGUUUCUUCGCAUCCUUUUCUGUUUCGUUUUGUUUUUUAAAGAAAUUUUAUUGUUCAUGAACACUGUGUCAAAGGUUUCUUGUCCUGCGUUGCAAAAAUUAUUCUUAUCGAGUGUUUGUACCCAAUCCGCUGUUUGUAGAAGAUUCUGGUCCUGCUCCGUUCUAUGCCAGUUUCCUUUUACAGGCAAGAAGUUCCAAAAUAACUGGUAAAGCUUCUCCCCCCCCCUUUUCCUUUUCUUUUUGAAAAUAUAAUUACUCUUUUGUACUGUGUGUUGUUCUGUCUUGUCUUUAUGGCUUUCUUUCAAUUUUUUUAUAUAUAAAAAAGAGAAAGACCUUUCCCCUCAAGUUCA